UAGCCUUUGACUGCCUUUGACAACGCGACAAAAACAUUUUUAUUUAUUUUAUAAACAAAUAAUGUUAAAAAUAGGCAAACUAGUCAAGAGUAAUUUACAGGGAAUAGGACAUCAGAUUCGCAAAUGUUCCGAUCCGUGUGGAAAGUCAAGCCCGCCGUGUUCCCCAUUUCCGCCUUGCCCGCCAUGCCCACCAAGUCCUCCAAGGCAGCCAUGGAUGCCAUGUCCACCAAGUCCGCCAAGUCAGCCAUGUACGCCAUGCCCGCCGUGUGUUUCAGGACCACCAUUUGCUUGCAAUCCACGGACCAAGUAUCAAGUGAACUUCCUUUACGUGUCUGACCCGCCACCUAAAACGGAAAUGAAAGAUUUUGUUGACAGAAUAGCUCAAACACUUUUCUGGACUGAAAUAGUAAGAGCGUUCGCUGUGACAUUAGGACAUAUUUUCAAAGAACCUGCUACGAUAAACUACCCAUUCGAGAAAGGUCCACUGUCACCACGGUUUCGCGGAGAACACGCUCUGAGACGCUAUCCUACAGGGGAAGAGAGAUGUAUUGCGUGCAAGCUGUGCGAAGCCUUUUGUCCAGCGCAGGCUAUAACCAUAGAAGCUCAAGAACGAGAAGACGGUUCGCGUCGGGCUACACGCUAUGACAUAGACCUCAGCAAGUGCAUCUUCUGUGGGUACUGCCAAGAAGCGUGUCCUGUAGAUGCGAUAGUCGAAGGACCCAAUUUUGAAUACUCAACAGAAACACGCGAAGAAAUGCUCUACAAUAAAGAAAAGCUAUUGCUUAAUGGUGAUCGCUGGGAGCCAGAGAUCGUGAGCACUAUUCGAGACAAUCAUUUAUAUCGUUAAAAUUUACGGUAGAAUUACCUAUUCAAUUAUAAUAUUUUAUUAUUUAACUGGGUGUCCCUGUGGACUCUUGUCUUCAUCCGCGUAGAAUAUUGAAGUUUUUAAAAAUCCCGUGAGAACUCUUUGAUUCCUUGGAAUAAUUGUUGUCUAAGUUCAUUUCUGAGAUGCAAGCUAUGUCUGUUAGACAUCCGCAUCUAUGGUGAUGCUUCUAGGGACUUUUAUACGCUGUGGUCUUGUGCCAUCUCAUUUGACUCAUUUGAUGCCAUCUGUCCACAUAGUGUGGGGUAUGCCAAUGCCACUCUUUCCAGUGUGAGGUUCCACUAUCCCAUCACCUUGACAACGUAGUUCGAAGAAUCGGUAAUAAAAUAUAUUUAUACCUAAAUUUGUAGAUACCUAAAGUUGCCU